AUGUCCGUUUCAUACGAUUUCAACGGUAAAAUAGCCCUGGUUACUGGUGCCAACACUGGUCUGGCUGUGUCUACGGCAAUACAGUUCGCCAAAUCGCGCGUCAGUGUUGUGGUGAGCGGACAGUACUCCGACAGUCAACUAACUACUGUAGCCAAUGAAUGCCGCAAUACUGGCGCUCAUGUAUUGGAAAUAGCGGCCGACCCCACCCGGGAGGAAGACCUGCAAAAACUGGUCGACAAAACUAUGAGCACUUUCGGUCGAAUAGACAUUUUGGUCAACUGUCCCGUCAAUCACGAGAACGUCUCAAUUACUGACCCGUCAUAUAUGGCUAAGUAUAAGGAGACUAUGCAAACAAACCUCGAGGCCAUGGUAUUCAUGACCAGCAUUUGUGUGGAGCACCUGGAGAAGACCCGGGGCACCGUCAUCAACAUGUCCAGCAUUAGAAGCACUCGAGCUAGAGCGAAAGAGUCGGCUUAUUGUAUGGCAAAGUCGGCGAUUGAUAUGUUCACCAAAUGUAUGGCCACUGAGUUGGGACCCAAAGGCAUACGAGUUAACAGUGUUAAGCAUAUGAUGGGUAACGUCCCGGUGCUGACCAUCGCCGACCCGGAUGUGAUCAAAACAGUAUUGGUGAAGGACUUCCCCCUGUUUGUGGACCGGCAUAUCAUGUUCACCAAAAGUCACGCUUUCCGAGCCCUAAACCUGGACCGCCUGACGGGCGACCACUGGAAACGUGUCCGCUCUAUAGUGUCGCCCGUAUUCUCGUCGGGAAGUAUGCGUAAAAUGUAUGGACAGGUGCGCCACUGUCUGUCCGAUUUUACCGCCCAAUACUUGGAAAAUGUGGCCAAUAGUGGCGUAGAUAUGGAUUUACGAGAUGCCUUUAGCCGGUACACUUUGGACGUGAUAUCCCGUACAGCAUUUGCCAUCAAAAUCGAUAUCUAUAACAAGGAAAUGGAUGAAAACAACCCGUUUGUGGCAAAUACUCAACAGUUUUUCCGAUUCAAUGCCGUGAAAGAGGCGGCGACUAUAUUGUUGCCGGCGUUUGUGCGCCGGUGGCUACGGGUUGAGAGAUCUAAACCGGAUAAGUUUUUCGAGGAUAUCGUAAGGGGUAUACUCGCGAAAAGGGCUCAAAAACAAACUGGGGAUCAAAAGUAUGAGGAUUUUGUUCAACUGCUUAUGGAUGCGAGAGUGAGGGACAGGGAUGACGACGAGUUAGGGGCUGGCAAUGAAGGAGUGGAAGAGCUGGCAGUGACUAAGAAAGUACUGGACAUAAAGGUAACCGACAAACGGCUUUCCCCUGACGAGGUCGUAGCCCAGGCCUUCUCGUUCAUUGUGAGC